UUGUUUGGUAUAUAAGCAACAAACUGAGAGAGGCCUACCACUUCUCUUCUUCCUCUCUCUUACUCACCAAGCCAUACUAUUUUUUGGAAUGAAAAUAUAACAUGUACUGCUUGACGAAAAACAUUCCAAAUGUGGCUUUCACAGAACAUGCUGGAAGGUCCAUAAACCCAAACACUGCAGGGAAGCGCCAUUCAAUAACAAUUCUAUUUACAUAAUAACUCUGCAAAUGGAUUCAUUCUAAAUGGUCGAUUGGAAACGUGAUGGUUUUUGCUUCAUUGCAGUUUCAGGUAGAAAUGAUGCUGGCAAUACAGUGAGAUGCCUUUCUCAGCAUUGUAGCUACUGCCCUCCAAGUAAACCUUGGUUUAGCCUUGAGGUUGUCCACUCUUAACAUAAACAUGAAACCAUUCUAAUUAGUAAGAUCAUAUUUAAAAUCAGGUACCAAUUAUAUCAGCUUUUGGUUAUCGAAAAAUGUGACUAUUACUAAUCCCAAAAGAAAGGGUUUUUGUGUUUAACCUAGUGUUUGUAGGUUUGUGCACGCACAUGGGCGCAGAUGACCUCGUUAUUAAAUCGACCUUUUGUGGAAUAAACGAAAAUCCCAUGUGCGUAUAUAGCAUAUCUAUAGAGGCCACAUAAAUAGAUUAAAAAAAAAAACAUUGUUUGUGAGUGCACAUGCAUACAUGCGUGUGUAUCUUUUUACACGUUUCUAGACCGGAUCUGUAAAUGUUAAACAGCUGUUACGGGAUGAAAUGGUGUGGACGUGCCAUAUUUGUCAGUAUUAACUUAAUGGAUAGGCAUUUUAUUGUAACACAUGUUAAUGGAUGCACUGCAUAUUUCAUUAUUAUGCAUCUUUAAAGAAUCACAUGUACUGAGGAGUCCACACUCACUAAGCAGACUGUGUUGUUAUGGUUUGUUUCUGUCUAGAAGUCUCAAUAUCAGUUUUUGGGGUAUGUUUUUUUUUCACCUCUGAAGCCUGGCUCUUGCCUAUAUAAAAAGCUACUGGAAUGAAGUGUGUGUGUGUGUGUGUGUGUGUGUGUGUGUGUGUGUGUGUGUGUGUGUGUGUGUGUGUGUGUGUGUGUAAGUGUGGUGGGGGCGUUCUCGACUGACAUCCUCAAACAAUACGAGAAAGGAGUGCACGAAUCCGCGCACCCUAGGCUGGGCUCCUUCCCUGUAAUAGUGAGCGUCAGCCAUUCUUAAAAAACACAUUUUGUAGCUUAGUGGACUGGACUGGAAGGGCGAGAGGAGGAUAAACUGAGCGGACAAAUAUGUAAAUAAAAACAGUCGUCCCCCAGCUGAGCGAGGCGUUCUUCAUCAGAGUUUUUGGAUCAAUCAGGCAGACAGUGGCUCCUUUUGAUUAAACCCCAAAUUGUCAUUGGGCAGAGGUAAUCAUGUGACAGGCAAUUCGGUCCAAUUUCAACCUUGUCUCCAUGAAUUCAAUAGUUUAAUAGUAGCUCGGUCCCCAUACGGCCGUAAUCAGUGAUAUAGAAAAAACCACCAGGAGAUUUUUUAAUGAUUUUUUCUUUCUCGUCCUCACUGAGCCGCAACAUUUAUAAAAAUACGCGUGCAAACUUUCCUCGGCUCUCAGGGAGCGGAGAUGAAUUACGAAUUCGAGCGAGAGAGCGGUUUUAUCAAUAGUCAGCCGUCGCUUGCUGAGUGCCUGACAUCUUUCCCCCCUGUCGCUGAUUCAUUUCAAAGUUCAUCAAUCAAGAGCUCGACGCUUUCACGCCCGACACUGAUUCCUCCUCCCUUUGAGCAGACCAUUCCCAGCCUGAAUCCGGGCAGCCAUCCGCGGCACGGCCGGCCCAGACACAGCCCCGACGGAUGCAGCUCGCUGCCCACCGCCUCCUUACCCCCGGAGUACCCCUGGAUGCGGGAGAAGAAAGCCUCCAAAAGGAACCACCUGCCGACCUCCUCCGCUACCACCAUCUCCAAUGGACCUGUGUGCUUUUCUCCAAAAGGCUCGCCUGAGAUUGUUGAGAGUGCUGGGGGAGGAGGGGGCUCCCGUCGGCUAAGGACAGCGUACACCAACACACAGCUGCUGGAGCUGGAGAAGGAGUUCCACUUCAACAAGUAUCUGUGCCGGCCAAGGAGAGUGGAAAUAGCGGCCUUGCUGGACCUGACCGAGAGGCAGGUCAAAGUCUGGUUCCAAAACCGGCGCAUGAAGCACAAGCGACAGACCCAAAGCAAGGAGAACCACAACGGGGAGGGGAAAGGGCCGGGCGCCGAGGACUGCAUCCACAGCGACGAGGAGGACGAGGGCCCCCUGUACGAGCGGAGCGGGGCCCUGCUGGAGAGAGAUACGUGCUCCUUUCAGAACAACUCUCUUAGCUCCACACAGCAGCUCCACAAUGGCGAGUCCAUGAGCUUUGCUGCUGCGCCGCUGAACAGCAAUGACAAAAAUCUGAAACAUUUUCCCAACCCGUCACCCACUGUUCCGGGCUGCAUGUCAACAAUGGGCCCAGGCUCGGCAUCUGGCCCGGACAAUAGCGACAGUCCCCCGGCCCUGGAUGUUUCUAUACACGAUUUUCAAGCUUUCUCUUCGGAUUCCUGCCUACAGCUCUCCGAUGCAGCCUCGCCGAGCUUGUCAGAGUCUCUGGACAGCCCCGUGGACAUUUCUACGGACAGUUUCUAUUUUUUCUCGGAGUCCCUAACCACAAUCGACCUGCAGCAUCUGAACUAUUAACUGAAAUCAAUCACAAUAGCUUUUAUCGGGACAAUAAAGAUCAGGCUACAAUGGUAUUAACUCUGAUGUUAUUUGUAUAUUCGGCACAUUUAUUCUGUUGAUAUUUGACUUGGCGAUUAAUACAAGGUAAGGAUGAAAUGAAAUCACUGAAAUAGCUCUACUCAAACGUGGCUUGGAAUUACCAUAAGGAAUUGAUCUCUUGGAAUGGAAAUUAUGCGUGUAUGUGAAUAAUUAUACAAUAUUAGGCCUAUGGAACCUGGUCAUUUUAUUUUUGUAUAGCUUCCAAUGUCUUGGAUAUUUUUGUUAGAAUACAAUUAACUUGCUACAAUCCUUU